AUGCCAGGUGAUAAGCCAUGUUACAACCCUGAUGGGACUCUAUCAGAGGAUGAUGUGCCCUGCACGUCAGAUAAAAACACACAUUGCUGCGGUAAAAACAGCAUCUGCUUGUCUAAUGGAUACUGCUUGGGUGCAGACGCUCAACCCUUUGGAUUGUCGCGUGGGAGUUGCACAAAUCAAAAUUGGGCUACUGGGUGUCCGCAAAGAUGCUGGAGUGACAACAAGGGCGGCGGCUGCCCGAUUAUCAGCAUCGACUACAACAAUGGAUGGCAGUACUGCUGCGGCAACCUGGUCUCUAACAACAAUGACGUCCAGUGUGCGGCCAACACCGAGGACCGCUUUCCACUAGAUACAACACAGGUGAUACCUGGGGUUGGAAUGCUCAGCAACUUAUCCAACUUUUAUGUCUCGGGGUCAGCACCGAAUUCUUCCAUAACCCCCUCGCCGUCGCCUCACCCGAAUUUAACGACAUUGAUAAGCUCUAGCGAUAGUGGUACGGCGGGUCAUGACACGGCGAUUGGAGCAGGCGUCGGAGUCCCGCUGGGAGUGAUUGCAUUGGUGUUUCUAGUAUGGGCACUUCUUGAACGGAAGCGGGCGCAGGAUACAGCUGCAAAACUGGCGGAGGUGAUGAGUGGUAUCCCUUUGGAGGGUGGAUAUCAGAUGAAGAAGAAUCCUCGUGUGUUAGUCGAGCUGGGUGCAACGCAUUCUAUGCCAGCAGAGUUGGAACAGACACAAUCUGUGCCGGAGCAUAUGAGAGGGGCGCGAUAA